AUGGGCAAACGCUCGGCUUUUGAUGAUUCAGACGAGGAGGUCCCAUAUCCUGAGGAGAGGCAACAAGAAACCCCCCAACCCGUAAUGGGACAAGCGCACCCUAGUCAACUGACGAGGCCUGCCCGCGAUCCACGAACUGUCCUCCAUCGACGAACUCUUAAAGGAGUGGUACGAAGAUCAAGGGCAAGGAGCAGGCCAGUUCGAGGGUGUACCGAGGGUCACGCUCAGCUCACAUUCGACCCUCCGUGGGUUGAAUGCGCAGACCUGCCCGCCACAAAGGUGCCGCGGCUGGAGGACGGCAUGAGACAGCUGGCCUCGGCCAGGAGGAAGGCUGCCAGUGAAGCCGGCAAAGCAAGGGAGGCCGAGGCGCGGCUCCAAGCCUUGGAGGAAGAGAAGAGGCAGCUGGAGGAGGACAUCUCAACUAUGAGAGGGCAGUUCGAAGGCGUGGAACUGGCCCACAGCCUCCAGAUCGAGAGCCUCCAGGCGACGACCGUCCCCAAAUCCCGCCUGGACAAGUACAUCCUUGUAGGGGUACAGAGGUACUUGGGGUCGUCCAAGUUCGCCCUUGGGAUAAACGACGUCAUGGACCCGGCUAUGGAAAGAGGAGCUAGGAAGGUCGUCACGGAGAUAGAGGCGGCCCGAAGGAAGAACGAGGACAUCCAACCCAUCCUCGAUAGAUAUGCCGAUAGGGAGAUAAAGGGAAAGACGUUCGCGGUAAGGCUGCGGUGCAAGGCGCGGAAGCACUUUCGCGAUAUGAAUUUCGCACUGCUCCCUAUAAUGCAGCAGAUUGUUGAGGCUUGCCCCUCCAUCUCUAAGCCCGAAAACAUCAUAGAUAUUCGGGGCAGUCCUUCCUUCGUCUUUCAGAUGCCGAGGAGAACUCAAACGCCUCCGAGGACACCGCCGGGGCCUGAUGAGGAGCCGGAGACGGUCGGACAUGCGGCGCCCCCCAAAGGGCACAACUCUGGAAGCCGCGGGGGAGGUGGCACUUUGACCGGCUCCAAUACCAACAGUGGAGACAAGUUGCUCGACCCUCAUUCCGAUCUGACAACCUUUCUCCUUUAUGCGGCUGUCGGAGGGGCUUUGGUAGAUCCGACUGUCGACAGGAGCCGAGGACGACUGUCAGGUCUCGAAGGCCAGCUUGAAGAGGCCUUGGAAGCUCACAGGGCAUCGGAGUUCCGCGAGGCUCGCAGGGCCGUCAUAGAGGCGAAGGCCGAAAAUGAUCGGUUGGAUAAGUUAUGGAGGGACUUGGAGGCCUACUGGGAAGACCAUCUGAAGAACUCUAUACAGUUAGAGAUAUUGGCCAACAAUCGCCUCCGGACAUUCGAGGCUAAAAUCCGAAAGAAAAAGAAGGACGAAGGCUUGCCCGAACCCGACCUCGAGGAUUUUAUUCCCCCUAACUAUUUCAAAAGCGUCUUGGUACAUCUCCGAAAGGCUUAUGCCUUGGUCGCCGUCAGGUGGGAUCGAUCCUCCGACAAGAUUGAGGCUCUUUGGGCGUACGCUGGUCAACUUCGGGCGGCUUUGGAAAGCGCGAUCUCUUUUAUUGUAGAGACGGGAAAGGAGUACGAUUUUGAGGCACUAUGGCUCAAGCCCUGCCCGGCCAUGCGAGACGACCCCACUUCCCCAACUCGUGAAGCCGAACGACUAAUAUAUGAGAACGACGCUCUGUUUUACGAGUUAGGUCGAGGGUCUCACUAG